AACUAUGGGGCAGCACUUACCUCUGUUUGACAGUUUCCUUGGUUUUAUCUCGAAACUGUGCGUUUCCUACCGUCCGAAAUUAUAAAUGAUCAUGUAGCCCCUGGUUUUGGUUUUGGUUUUGCUCUCUCCCUCUUUCUCGAUCCCCACUUUUCCAUGUGGCUAUUUAUAUACAAUACAAUACCAAAUCUCCCACUCCUGUUCCUAGAGUCAGCCAUACUGUACUGACUUAUUCUCCAUCUCUCUGAUCUCUUCAGUUUCUUGCUUGUUUAUUCCUGUUUGGUUUGGUUUCUACGUCUUAAGAGACAUCUCAUUCUCUUUCGCAUUUCAACAAACACCAUCCUGACCACUCAGAUCAAUUAAUAACCCAGAAAAGAAGAAGCUAGCUAGCUAGACUUGUUUUUCUUUUUCUGUUGUUUUGUUACCAUAUCUAUCUAUCUGGGCUGCUGCAGUGAAUUAUUCUUGUUGUAGAUCGAUCCAUCAGUUUGUGUUCUGUGGUGUUGAAAGUUGGAGAGAGAUCGAUUGAUAUGGGAAUAGAGGCUGGUGGUUUGGUAGAGCGGGGUAAAGAUCGUCAUCACGACAAGGUUAAUGUUGUUGGGCAUCAUCAUCAUGUUGGUUAUAUGAAAAAUAAGGUUAUGAGGAAAAGAAAGUACUGCAGCAAGAACAGGAAGGUUAAGCAUUCUUCUUCUGAUUCUGCUCUGCAACGACUCUUUGUUUCGUGUAGAGACGUUUUCAAAGGCCUUGGAACACUUCCUUCGCCUCACCAUGUGCAGGAAUUGUGCAGCGUUCUUGAUAAAUUUAGGCCUGAAGAUGUUGGGCUAAGCAGUGAUUUGCAGUUCUUCAAGCCUGAAACUGAGGUCAAAGGCACUCCAAGGGUUGCAUAUACGACCAUAUACAAGUGCAAUAACUUUUCGUUGUGCUGUUUCUUUAUUCCAGCAACUGGUGUCAUCCCUCUCCAUAACCAUCCCGGAAUGACUGUUUUCAGUAAGCUUCUACUGGGCAAGAUGCACAUCAAAUCAUAUGAUGUGGUCGAUCCUAUCAAGAAUUCAGAUGCUUCUCAAGUGAGAUUGGCAAAGUUGAAAGCUGAUAGCGUAUUCACUGCCCCUUGCAAAACAUCAGUACUAUAUCCAACAACAGGUGGCAACAUCCACGCCUUCACCGCCAUAACUCCUUGUGCGGUGCUUGAUGUGAUCGGGCCUCCCUAUUCUAAAGAAGAUGGCCGGGACUGCUCAUAUUACAAAGAUCAUCCCUAUGCUUCGUAUUCAGAUGCAAAAGUAACUGAAGGGGAAGGUGAUCAUUAUGGGUGGUUGGAAGAGAUUGAGAUGCCUGAUAACUCAGAAAUGGAUGGAAUCGAGUACUUGGGUCCGCAGAUUAUUGAGACUAUCUAGUUUCAUCUCUUUUUUCUUUUGGUCAAAUGAAUACUUCAGUAAAGAGGGCCCCCAAGGCCAGCAGAAACAAGGAAAGACAAGCCAACAAAAGAAGGCUCAAGAAAAGCAUAGGUUAAAAAGAUAAUGCUGGUUUUUGUUGAUCGGUUGUGAGCUUUCAGUUCAUUUUAUUUAUUAUUUUUUGCUCUUGAUGUAACAUAGUUUUACAUACUAGAUAUAUGGAUCAGCACUACGCUACCUUGUUGGCUC